AUGGUUGCUCAGGACAUAAAAUUAGAAUACGACCGCAGAGCGAACAUGUUUGGACAAAAUCCAAAUUUUGCGACAUCAUCAGCUUGGCCUCAACAGAGUUCUACGCAGAGUUCAGCUUCAUUGGCAGUGCAACCCUCUGUCAUUGAUGGUGGCUCGUUUCUGAAUGCUCCGCUCCAGGAUUCGAAUAGUGCAUACUCUCCUAACAUGUCUUUCAGCAAUAAUUCUGGUUUAUCGCUGUCUAGUCAGGCACAUAUGGGCUUUCCUAUGGCUGAUCAUAUCCCAUCCACCUCUACACAUAAUCCUCAUAGUGGUGCUGUCGUCACGCAUCAACAGAGUACUGUAAGCAAUACUCACAAUCGCUCUUUACAGCACGAAUCCGCCACUUCUCCAUUGAGAAAGUUAAGCGUUGAUUUGAUCAAAACCUACAAAGGCAUCAACGAGAGUUAUUAUGCACGAAAAGCGAAAAGGCGACAUGAGCAAGAGCAUCAUACUCAUGGACUUCAUCCAACAGCUCUAUCCGAACAUCAUCAUACUGCGCCACCACCCAAACAAGCUGUUUCACUCAACCAACAAAUUACUUCAAAUUUGAUACAGCAAGGUCAUUCACAACAUGUUCAACAUUCGAUGUUUUCCCAGGCUGCUACAGUCCCCUCACUGUUACAUCAUUUGCAUGUGCAGGUUAUUGAAAAUCCGCGUUCUGGAAGUCAUAACAAUGGUUAUGACGAUGAAAAUCAUGACUAUAUCAUACAUCCGGGUGAACUUUUCAACAAUAGAUAUCAGAUUGCUUGUCAUCUCGGCAAAGGCUCUUUUGGACAAGUUGCCAAAGCAUAUGAUACUGUGGAGCAGCAGGAUGUUGCUAUAAAAAUUAUAAAAAAUAAAAAGCCAUUCCAUGAUCAAGCUCAAAUUGAAAUUCGAUUACUUGAAAUGAUGAACAGUCAAGAAUCUGAAAGCAAACAUUACGUUGUGAAAUUGAAAACUCACUUCAUGUGGCGUAAUCACUUGUGCCUUGUUUUUGAACUUCUUUCGUACAAUUUGUACGACUUAUUAAGAAAUACAGAUUUCCAUGGUGUUUCGCUCAACCUCACAAGGAAAUUUGGACAACAGUUGGCCAGUACAUUGAUGUUUCUUUCAUCGCCUCAACUAAAUAUCAUACAUUGCGAUUUGAAACCCGAAAAUGUUCUGUUAUGUAAUCCAAAACGCUCUGCGAUCAAAAUAAUCGAUUUUGGUUCAUCAUGCCAACUUGGUCAUCGUAUUUAUCAAUACAUACAAUCAAGAUUUUAUCGAUCACCUGAAAUCCUAUUGGGUUUACAAUAUGACACAGCCAUUGAUAUGUGGUCUCUCGGAUGCAUACUGGUUGAAAUGCAUACUGGUGAAGCAUUAUUCGCUGGUACUUCUGAACACGAUCAGAUGAUGCGUAUCAUUGAAGUGUUAGGUAUGCCACCAAAUCAUAUGAUUGAAACUGCACCAGCUGAAAAACGAAACAAGUUUUUCGAGAAAGAUGAUGUUUUUUUAGAUGGUAAUUAUCUAUGUAAAGAAUCACGGGAAAACAAACGUUACCGGUUACCAGGGUCGCGCAAAUUGGCCGAUAUCAUCGGUGUAGACAUAGGUGGACCGGGAAGUCGACGCCUUGGCGAAUGUGGUCAUACGCCUGAAGAAUAUACAAAAUUUAAGGAUCUCGUGGAGCGAAUGUUGACGUUUGAUCCGCGGGAGCGUAUUGGGCCAUACGCUGCAGUUAGACAUCCUUUUUUCUCACGUAGAACUGAUGAAUGUGGAAGUAUGGGUUCUGCUCUUGCUUCGCACUCCAGAACCUUGCAGCAACCAGUUACAAUAUCCAAUAAUGUUCAGGUCAAUACAUCACAUACAGUUGCACAACCUCAUUUUGUUGAGGAGCACUCGCUCAAUCAGAUGGAUUGCGCUGAUUCUAAUGCAGUCAUAGCUCAUUCACAGCACAUACAAUUGCCACAGCUUAACCAGGUUGUUGGUCAACCGAAUAAUUACCAAGAGCAAGGAGGAUCAGCGAAUCGAAAUUUAUUUCAAAUUGCUCAACCUUUCGGUUUGUUAUCUCAACAAGUGCAACAUGGACCGAAUCAAAAUCAGCAGCAGCAUCAGUCGAGCAGUUCGAAUAUGUCUAGCACGCAGCAUCAAUUACAGGCUCCGUCGCAUUUUGUAUCGGGUUUGCAGAACUCAAUUUGGACAUCCCAUGAACAGGGUGACGAUACGCGGUAUGGCCAUCAUUCUCAGCCAUCGUCAAAUCUUCAGCCGUCCCAACGGAAUUCACUUUUGCCACAAAGUCGCAACCUGAGCUUUGACGGAACAGUAGGUAAUGGCCAAGCACCACAUCAGAAUCGUAUGCAGUCCUCAACGAACUGUGCUAGAGCAAAUCCGACAUCAAUCUUGUUUCCAAAUAACUUUAUACCGCAAGCCCAGCAACAAACAGCAGCACAAAUUGGUUUAUCGUCAAAUACAAAAGCUUCUGAUUUCUCAUAA